GUAUGUAUUACGCGCAAAAAAGUCAAGCGGCGUCGACCUGCUGCAGCCCCCGGAUCUGCUCCUCGGCGCGCGCGCGCCACUCGAGGACGAAGCCGUGCUCCCGCGUCAAAUCGUCGAGCGCGUUCGUCGUCCGCGUUUGGGUCGCCUCCGUGCUCAGCUCCAAAGCCGAGACGCGCUCGUCGAGGCGCGCGCGCAGUUCCCGCUCGUCCGCUCUUUCCCGAUCCGCGUCGUCGCACCGCGCCUUUAGAUCGGAAGAAGACGCGUCGGCGCCCGCUUUCAGGUUGGAGAGGGCCUCCUCCGCGCGCGCGAGCCGCUCCCGCAGUCCUUCGAUCGUAGAAACGGCCUCGUCGGCGCGAGCUUCGGCCCGCCGACACCGUUCCCUCAAAUCGUCGUUGUUCGGCUGCGCGGGCGCCUCGAAGGACUUCCGCAAGUCCGUCAAAUCAUCGAGCGUGACCUUGCCCGUGUCAUUCAGCCGGCUCUCCGCGUUCAAUGCCCGCUUCUCGGCAGCGUCGCGCGAUUGUUCCAGAGAGGCUACGCGAGCCUUCAGCUCCCCAACAGCAGUCAGACAGGAAUCAAAGGACGCGACGAGCUGCUUCUGCAAAGCGCCGCCGGGCGCGCCGAAGAUCGCCGCGUUGAGCGACGUCGCGGCGGUCACUUCGUGGAAGUGGCGCACGGCCGCAUCUCUCUCAAAGCCCUUCGCGGGCAGCUUCUCCUUGAGGAGGUCUAGCGCCGGCGUCGCGGACCGCAUUUGUGGUCGCUUGUUGGUGGGGCCGGGCGGCGGCGCGGGCGGCGGGACGGCGUCCGGCGCCGAGGCAGGCUCGGCGGCGUCGAGAGAGGCCGCCAGCUUGAUGGCUGCCCUCGCUCCUGGUCGAGGACACUGUCUGCGAAGCGCUGUGUGCAGCGCC